CACAAGCUGCACUGCGAUGUGGUCCUCUCCUCCUAUCACCUGACCUCCACACACACACAGCACAGGCACGCGCAAGCAAAAAUUCAUUCAUAUAUGCACGCUCGUUCGUUGUCGAUCUCCCCCAUCACUGCACGGCGCGGCGCAACAAGAGCGAGGGAUUGGAGCUCAGCUAGUCGUCUAAUCAGCUAGUAGGUACGUGUAGCUAGGCUGCGCUGCACCAGCUGCCGUGCAUGCAGUGCAUGGCGCAGGAGGGCUCUGAGGCCUCCGUCGCCAGCUCCCCGCCGCCCCAGACGCCGCCGUCGGCCUCCUCCUGGUGGCGCGACAUGCAGCACCCGGCUGCCUACGGCGCGUGGCCGCCGUCCCCCGCGGCGAGGUGGCCGCCCCCGGUAUCGAUGGCGCCGGCAGCGACGACGCAGCAGCAGCAGCAGCAUGGCGGACGGGCGACGACGUCCUCCGACGGUCUCUCGGCCUCCAACGCCACCGUGGCGUCCUUCACCAACCACUCCGGGCUCAGCCUGGACUCCGCGGGUGGAGCUGAGGCCGCCGCCGCUGCCGCCGCCGCCGCCGAGAGCCACCUCUGGAACCAAGUCCUCAUCAUGGGCGCCGGCGGCGAGGUUGGAAGGAGCAUGCAGGCCGUGCACGACGCCCACGACGACAGCGAGAACUUCCUCGACCUGCUCAACUCGAGGGCGCUGGCGCCGGAGCUCUUCGCCGAGCCGCCGGCCUGCGACUACCUCAAGAAGAUGGAGUACGGCGGCGGCAGCGGCGGCUGGCCGGACCACAACUUCACGACAUCCGCCCUGGAGAAGCACCUGGGCUCCGGCUACGGCGCGCCGGAGCGGCUCACGGCGAACCUGUCCGACCUUGUCAGCAACUGGUCCAUCGCGCCGCCGAGCCCGUGUCUCGGCGACGCGCGCCACCACCGCGUCGCAGUCGCAGGGGCAGGGGCAUGCGAUAACAACAACGCCGCGGUGGCCGCCUUGGGGCUCGGCGGCAAGGCCGCCGCCGGCCUGUUCCUGGACUCCGGCGGCGUCGGCGUCUGCAACAGCAAGCACGAGAUAGGCGGCCACGGCGCGAUGCUGGAGGAAGCGGCGGCGGCGUCCGGGGGCAGCGGCCAGGAGUUGCUCCGGCCCGCGGGGUACAGCUCCAUGCUCGGGCUCAGCAGCAGCAGCAGGAUGUAUAUGGACGUGCCGUGGGGCAACAAUGCCAGCAGGAGCCUUUCCGACCUGAUAUCUUUCGGCGGAACACCUCUGGGAAAACCAGAGCAACCGACGCCGGCGGCCACGUCAACGAAGGCGCAGGCGGCGGAGUACAAGAAGCAAGGGCGGGAAAUCUCUUCGCCACCGAAGACGAGUAGCGAAGGUGGCAGCAAGGGAAGCUCGGACGGGAAGAAGAAGAAGAGAUCAGACGGGCGGCAAGGCUCGGAGGCGAACGCCAAGAAGUCCAAGAAUGAGGCGUCCUCACCCACGUCGUCAUCUCUCAAGCAGGCAUCGCAGCUGCCAAAAGUGAAGUUAGGAGACAAGAUUACUGCACUGCAACAGAUCGUUUCACCAUUUGGAAAGACCGAUACCGCGUCAGUUCUGUAUGAGGCGAUAAAUUACAUCAAGUGGUUGCAUGAACAAGUGCAGUUGCUGAGUGAUCCAUACAUGAAGACAAGCAGUAGCAAGGACUACAACGCAUGGGGAGGGUUGGACUGGAAGGACAAGUCGGAGACGGAGAUGGACCUGCAAAGUAGAGGCCUGUGCUUGGUACCCGUCUCAUGCACCCCUCAGGUGUACAGGGAUAACAACGGCCCGGAUUACUGGACGCCCCCGUAUAGAAGCUGCUUAUACCGAUGAACUGAUAUAUAUAUCCUUUACCCUGCUAUAUAUUUAUUCGAUUGAUUACCUUACCGGCCAAGUGGCAAUAAUUUGUACGUACGUGCUGAAUAUAUACAUUGUUGUUGUUAAAGAAGACAAAACAUGAUGGUUGGCGGUAUAAGUUUAGAGAUCAAUUUGUGUACGACCACGAUUUCAUUAUUUUAAAUUUAAACCUGGUAUGUAUCUGGUUAUUAAUUAGAGGCUUCGUGACAUCAUCAUCAUUGACAUAUUGACAUCGA